CGACCUCAUCUCCAACCUGGUCCGGUUCUUAUCAAGUGAAGCGCGAAACUAAUCUCAACACAAGACCAAAAGAAAAACGAUCGCUAGCUUAGUGAGAGCUAGUAUUUGAAAGCAUUCGAGCUCCAAUAAGACAUCUACCUGUCUACCUGACCUACAAUGGAGGUAUCCGUUGACCAGGAAACACCUCCGCCUAGAAAGCGCCGGAAGGUCGAGGGAGAAUCUUCCGAGCCUCUCUUCUGGUUUGGGCAAACUAACGGCGUGAUGAAAUUUGGAGUAGGGCUUCUGCAACCAUUUUCUCAAGCAAUUGACCCUCACAUUGAUUCCAUUAGUCUGAAUCUGCUAGGAAGAAACCUGUUCCCUGCAAAGCUAUCAAGAAACCAGUUCGUUUCAGACGACAGCGAUGGGCCACGCUCCAAAAGUCUAUCGCCGAGGACCGCAGAUGCAGAUUCAACAGCUCAAUCUACAAGCGAACGGGCAGAGUGUGCACCCAUGAGACCAAGACAAUAUCAGGAAUUAGGCGGCUCAUUAGCUAAAAAUAGUCUCGCAACACAGAAGAGUCGGGCUCUCGACUCACAAUGCACAUUACUCCCACCCCCUCGAGUACACGUCCGAAGUAGCUCCGCAUUCCCAGAAUUGAAUGACAUAAACGAGAAACAUAUUCCAGCCGCGGCUCAGUUUGAUAGAAGACGGCGCGUGAAUUCUCAGCCUGCUUUAUACCACGGCACCGAAGAAUGGCCUCACAAUUCUGCACUUCAAAGCAGAGAGGGAGGAAUACGAGAUCGAUCUCAACGGCCGAGUGAAGACUUCACUUCCGAGAAUUCUAGCGAGCAAGCUCCUCUUCUAUCACGGUCUCGGCAGCUUGGCUCAGGCAUGAACGCACCGCGUUCUCAGAAACACCAAUCCUUAGGCGCAGGAACGGCUGACGGAGUCAACGAGACCCGUCAGCAUAUUGGAAAGUGCAAAGGCGCUGCGUUCGAGCGAAAGAGACUGAACAGAUAUCUUCGAGUGGAUAUCAUCAAGGGGGACUGUCAAUCGACCAUCGCAUGUGUCUAA